AAAAUCAUUAUUGAGUGCCUCAAUCAUUCAUUUGCCUUCCUUCCCCUCAAUCAUUCAAGCUUUGCUCUAGAAAUUCAAUUAUGGCGGAAACGUUUCUGUUCAAUAUUGCAGAAAGGGUUGUCGAGCAAAUUGUCGGUCUCACUGUAGACGAAGUUCGCUUGGCGUUUAAUGUCAAAACCGAUCUGAAAAAGCUGGAGGACACCAUGUUCAGCAUUAAAGCUGUGCUCUUGGAUGCCGAGCGGCAACAGCACCAAAAUGAAAAGCUGCGCCUCUGUAUGUGGAAGCUCAGAAACAUCUUUUACGAUGCUGAGGACGUUAUUGACAAUUUCAAGUGUGAAGCUCUCCGGAAACAGGACGCCAUCAGUCAUCCCGUCAUCAACAACUUAAAGGUGCGAGUUUUAGGUUCCUGUUGUUUGCCUCUUUCAUUCUCUUCAAAAAUGAGUCAUAAAAUCAAAGACAUCAAUCGGAGACUAGGCGAACUGGCCACUGAGUGGAACAGCUUUGCUCUAAGUCAGUGUAACGACAGUAGACAUGUUUUUCGCAGAGAGACCAUCUCUUUUGUGGAUUCUUCUGAUGUUAUUGGUAGAGAUGAGGAUAAAGAGAACAUAAUUAGUAUGUUGAUGAAACCAAGUGAGGAUCAAAAUGUCCCUGUCAUUCCCAUUGUUGGACUUGGGGGUUUAGGAAAAACCACGCUCGAUCAAUUAGCAUUCAAUGAUGAUCGAGUUACUAGCCUUUUUCCUUUGAAGAUAUGGAUCUGUGUUUCUGAGGAAUUUGAUCUUUCUAGAUUGCUCAAGCUGAUUAUUCAGUCUGUAAAUAAAGAAGAAAGAUGUGAUGAUUCAACACUUGACGCCUUGCAAGCUCGUUUGAGAAGCCUUUUGAAUGAUAAGAAGUUCUUGCUCGUCCUGGAUGAUGUGUGGAAUGAAAAUAAAGCAAAAUGGGUUGAGUUAAGAAAUUUGUUGAGAUCAACGGAUGGAUUUUCUCCAAGCAAAAUUAUCGUAACUACUCGGACUUUGAAGGUUGCCUCGAUAAUGAGUUCAAUUCCCCCUUAUGAAUUGAAAGGUCUCCGUCUUGAAGACUGUUUGACCUUAUUUACAAAAUGGGCUUUUAAUGAUGGUGAUGAGAGACAUUAUCCAAAUCUCAUUAGAAUCGGGGAGGAGAUUGUGAAAAAAUGCAAAGGGGUUCCUUUGGCAGUAAGAACAUUGGGAAGCCUACUGUUUCAGAAAACAGAUGAAUCUGAUUGGAUCUAUAUAGGAGAGAGUGAAAUAUGGAGACUUGAGCAACAUGAAAACGAUAUUUUACCAGUGUUGAAGUUGAGUUACAAUCAUUUGCCAUCUCAUUUGCAACGAUGUCUUGCUUUUUUGUCCUUGUACAAAAAGGAUGAGAUCUAUUCUAGUGAUAGAGUUAUCUGUCUUUGGAUGGCGAAUGGACUCCUUGAGCAUCCAAAGCAAAAUCAAGAGUGGGAGGAUGUUGGCAAACGAUAUUUGAAUGAAUUACAGUCAAGGUGCCUCAUCGAAAUGGGGCACGAUUUUGGGUUGGUUUUUACCUUCAAAAUGCAUGAUCUGGUACAUGAUCUUGCAUUAGAUGUGUCUCAAAAAGAAUGUAAAACAGUGAAUUCGGAAACAGAAACGGAUGAUGAAAAUGUUCGACAUUUAUUAUUAUGUGAUGAGAAGUUGGUUGGAGUUCCACGUGUUUUGGAGGAAAUGAAAAAUGUUCGAACAGUAAUCAUCCAAGAUGCUUUAAAGGGAUCAAGGACUACUCAUGAAUCACUUAUAAAUCUGUGUGUCUCCAAUUUCAAGUAUCUACGAGCAUUAGAAAUAAGGCAGUCACUAUUGACGGCUUUACCGAAUUCCAUUGGUACCUUGAAGCACUUACGAGAACUUGACUUGGUCGGAUGUUGGAUUAUAGAUGAACUCCCGAGAUCUUUCGAUAAGCUUCGCAGCUUGCAAUCGUUAAAUUUGGGAGAUACUGGUUUGAAGCAGUUGCCUGACAGCGUGCAAAGGUUGAUUGAGCUUAGACAUCUAGUAAUAACCAUUACAGCUACUCAUUUGAAAGAAAUACGAGCAGGAUGUUGGACUUCUCUUCAAUACUUGGAAUUGAGGUACUGUAUGGAAUUAGAAUGUUUACCUGAAGGAAUGCAGUAUCUGAAGUCACUUCGGACACUUGUCCUGGGUGGUUGUGUUAAACUUGUCUCAUUGCCACGGAGCCUGAAAUUCCUAACCAAGUUAGAACACCUUGAAAUAGUGAUGUGCCAUCGAAUCAAUUUGAAAAUGGAACCCGAAGAGGAAGAAGACAAAGACCUUCAGUUGAGCCUUAAAACUCUCUCACUCAUCGGAUUACUUGCCUUAGGAGAUUUGCCACGAUUGCUUCUUCAAGGAUCUUCCACUUUGCAGUAAUUACGAAUUAUGGAGUGUCGAAAUUUGUCCGUUCUACCAGCAUGGCUACUGAAUCUCACUUCUCUUCAUAAACUUGAGAUUGUGGGUUGCAGAAACUUUUCAGCUCUACCAGAGGGAAUAGACUGCCUCACCAACCUUAGAGAAUUGAGAAUUCACGGAUGUUCGGAGUUGAGCAAAAGAUACAGAGAAAAUGGGGGUGAAGAUUGGCACAAAAUUGCUCACAUCCAAAAGGUUAUUAUUUGUUAAUGAAGAAUGAGGUGUGUGAUAAAAUUUUAAUUUCUCUGUCAGAUUCGAUUCCAUAUUAUCUUUCCGUUUAGAGUAGAGUAGAGACGUGGCUUUUGUCCAGAAUAGUCCGUUCUAACAGCAUGGUUUUGGUUGGAAAUUUUGUAUGUUUAAAGUUUGUUAAGUACUCAUUGUGUUUGGAAACAUUGCAUGAAUGAAAUAUGAAGAUAGAGAUGGAAGAAUGAAGCAGAGGUUGAGGCAGGGCAGGGAAGACAUUUACUUUAUUUGCAUUUGGAUUUCAGUUGUAAUUCUAAGAAGUGAGCUGUUGCUUUGGAUAUGUAUCAACUUUUAGCUUUAUGCAUAUUUAUCUUUUCUCUUUAUGGUUUAGCAUCAA